UUUUUUAUCAUCUGGCAACACCAAACAAAAUUACAAAAUUAUUCAAGUAGUCGAAAUUAUAUACGAAAUUUUAAUUAAAUAUUGCAAUGAGAUAACCACAACAACUGGGGAAGCCAAAUGAACCAACGAGGAAAAACACUUAAACCCAAGGCAAAAAGCUCGCUAGGCCAGUUGCGAGAAGCCCGUUAACUAUAUUUAGUAUUUUAUUAUAUUUGUUUGACUUUAACGGAUAAGACUGAGCGGAGAGAUAAUUUAUUGAUAAAAACCCAAAGCCGUAAGCAAAAGGCAACGCAACAAAGAGACUGAUUGUGUCUUUGACCCCACUUCAACCUGCCCCCAACGUAAUUUCGAUCGCUUUCACUGUUUGUUGCUUUCACAAUCGGACGAUUUCGAUCGAAUAAUAACUAUAAGAUGUGUGUGAUAUUCUUUUAUGCGAACGCAGAGCCGUCUCCUGGUGGCUAUAAACUCAUCUUGGCAUCGAAUCGUGAUGAAUUCUAUGCCCGUGAGACACAACAGGUGGGCAAGUGGUCGCAGGCUCAACAUGUCUAUGGUGGCAUUGAUCUGGAACCAGGACGCGAAGGAGGCACUUGGCUGGCCAUUGGCCAUCAUCAGGAUGUAUUCAAAGUGGGUGCUCUGCUCAAUUUAACUGGCGAACCAAAACCCAGGAAUGCAAUUGGACGCGGCAUGAUUGUGGCAGAUUAUGUGAAAGAAUCAUCCAAGGAGUUCAAUUCAAUGAAUUAUAAUCGAAGAUUACUCAAGGAUUGCAACCAAUAUAGUGCCUUUAAUUUUGUCUCCAUUGAGAUUACACCCACCUCAGCUCAGAUACAGUUGCUUAGCAAUGUGCCACCUACAUUGGCACAGUUCGAACCAGGCAAAUCAUACGGAUUUGGCAACAGUCUGCCAUCGUCGCCCUUCCAAAAGGUUAGCCACGGUCAACAGCAAUUCGAAGCAACUGUCCGAGAGCAUGGCAAUGCUUCGGUGGAUGUACUAAGCUCUCAUCUGUUGGAAUUACUGAAAAACAAACAUAAAUUCUGGCCCGAUCCGGAACUGCAGCGACGGGCUCCGAAUUGGGGUGAGGGUUUAAGUUCAUUGAAUGUCUUUAUCGAUCAUCAAGGCUAUGGCAGUCGCACACAUACAGUCAUCCUUGUGGAUAGCCAGAAUAAAAUGCAUUUCAUAGAGGAAACAAUGGCUGGCCUAGAUCCUGAGGGUGAAUGGCUACACAAACACAUUGAGAAACAAUUUUAGCCGACUUUUUGUGCAUUUUUCCAAUUUUGUUUUAUAUAGAAAUAUAUAUAUAUAAUAUACACUCUCAUGGUGAUAUAUACUUUUCGUGUUUAUGAACAAAAACAAAAAAAAAGAAAUCUAAAAAUCUCUCCCUCUAACAUGCCGAGGUUCAUCAUAACAUCACGGGUUUAUCUUUAUGA